GUCACCCCAAGCUUCCUCUAUUUCUGUGGUUAGUUCAGAGCCGUUUGGUGACGCCACUGGCAAACCUCAGAGCAGACUCUCCCCCUCUUUAUAACGUGGUGCUGACAAAAAUGAUCAGACAGACAGACGCAUCGUGUCGGCUGAACAUCCGCGAACUUCUCACGCCUCAUUUUCAAGGAGUAGCCCAGAAUGCGUACUUAGGACCCUCAUGGUGCGACGUCUUCAUCAUGCCAAGCCUAGUCACAUCACCGCCAAGGGAGCUAAAGCCCCGUAACAUGGACAAAGAGGACAUGAGUUGGAAAACGCCCAAGAGAGGAAAUCUGAAGUGUGGGCUGCAGCACAGGUCUCCUCAGGUCUUAAAUAAAGACGGACUUUGCUUCGAGGAGCUGUCCCAGUGGUCUCACUCGCUGGAGGGACUUCUGUCCUCAAAAUAUGGAAUGUUGACAUUUCAGGCCUUCCUGAAGUCGGAGUUUAGUGAGGAAAACAUUGAGUUCUGGCUGGUGUGUGAGGAUUACAAGAAGAUCAAGUCUUCCUUCAGGAUGUCCUCCAGGGCCAAGAAGAUCUUCAAAUGCUACAUUCAACCAGGCUCUCCUAGAGAGAUCAAUAUUGAUCAUAAGACCAGGGAGCUGAUCAGACACCACAUGAAGACGCCCACUACAGUGUGUUUUGACGAGGCCCAGAAGAUUGUCUAUGGCCUAAUGGAGAGAGACUCUUACCCACGCUUCCUCCGGUCAGACGUCUACAGGACUAUGCUGGGCUCCACGUCCACAACAAAGUGUUAGAGAUGACUCCAGAGACACCUGUGCUGUAUGGUCCAGACUGUUGGCUGAGCUGGGCCGUGGACUGCCAUUGCCACGUGUCGCUGUCUGGAAGCAGCUAUAAAUUGGGGUGAAUUCAUUGGGCGUGUGUGCAUGUCCUGAAACCACCGGUGGUGAUUUCUUGGACUACUAUUGGGGUCGCCCACAGCAAUAGUAGCCGCAUAUGAUUGGCUGGGUGUGUUUCUUAAGUUUGGAGAAAAAAACUGAACAUCACCAAUUCUGGGGUCACCGAGUAUGUACCAGAGAUGCCAAGAUUAUACGAGAUUGCGAGGGACUUUCCAUUUCAGACGCAUGGGGAAGUAUAUCUGGUACAAACAAAACACCCUCCAGGCAGCGAGCGCUUUGAGUGCAUGAGUUAAUGCCUGCAGCUGCGUGUUAUCUUUGGGUUCGCGUCAUCUCUGUAAAGUAGCUGAUGAGGAGUUACUAUUUUCAGCUGAGAAAUGUCCAUGUACAAAGCGAUUAAUUUAAAAACUUUCUGAAAUAUUCACAAUACAUUAUAACUAAUCCGUUAUAAGCUAGAUGUUGGUGAAAACCUGCCGCAUGUGUUAAUAACUGAAUAUGCAUGUAAAAAAAUGAAGGGGUUUUACAUAUUUAAUAAAAUGUUGAACAUGCUCUGAAAUAAACCACCUGAUUAACUUGUA